AUGGGGCAGGAUGCUUGCCCUGAGAUUGUUGUGGUGAAGGCAUGGCAUGAUUUGGAUAAUACUGAUUAUGACUGCUGGCCCUUGGAGAAACCAGACGAGUACAAUAUGCUGGACUGCGGAGGUCUAGAGAUGGCUUGGGUUCAGAGGCCUCCAGAAAAGAUCAUAAGUGGAGAGACCUUUGAUGUUGUCUAUGCAGUCUUUGCUUUGGAUCCCUUUUACCACUAUGCUGUGGAGAAUGGAAUCUUUUCCCACAGAGAUGCAGCUGCUGCUAAGAGGUUCUGUGAAGACCAGGAGUGCCCACCCAACUGGAAGGAUGCUAAUGGAGAGAACUGCUGUGUCCAUCAUGCAAACAUUCAUUCCUGUCCCUUGGCAUUCAUGGGGAAAGGUGGCAUUUGUGGACCAUGGAUUCCAGAUGAUGGCCAAAUAUUCACACAUACUGUGUCUACUGCUGGCAAAAUGACACAGAUAAACUGGACUGCCAAGGUAGUUCUUGUCCAUGUUGGGAUGACUUCUCUUAUUGCACACAUCAGAGUCGGAAGAAUGCAGGCAGCUUUGGAAGCUCAAAGCAUGGUGCUCCCUGCAUUGGAAACAGUAGUUCAAGGGAGUGCACUAGAGCUCUCCAGCAGAGAACUUGUAAGUACUCAUCAAACUUCAGAUCCAAGGAUUUCUUCGGAUGCAGCCAUGACAUUAAAAUGA